CCAUCAGAUGCAGUUAUAAAAUUCGUUGUACCUUCUAGAGAUAACUAUUUUCAUUAAUGGGGUGACGAACGCACGGCGCAUGAGCACACGAGUGUACGGCGUACAUUCGAGUCCGCGCCGUUCAAUGACAGUAGUAUUCGUUUCGUAGUAGUUGACAAUCGAGGCAGUAGGGCAAUAGACUCUCUGGAAUCCAACAGUAUCCCACCCUAACUAAUUAAACGAUGAAGUUUAUCAGACUUACUAUGCAACACAUAAGGACCUUGUCAAUGAUCAAAUUAUGACUUCAUUCUUGAUCGAAGGCAUAUUUUCACGUAGGCUUUCUGGACAGUCCUUUCAUUUUGUGUGUGGAUCAGUUUUGACGUUUAAUACAAUAUUCUGUAAAAGGAUAGGAAGAAGUAAAAACAAUGGAUGAAGAUAGUGGAAUUAUAAAUGACACAGAUGAAUUUACGGAUGAAAGUUCCGGCACAUUUAAUUACAAUAUCACCAGAGGAUACUGUAUAGGUGAUGACUCCCUUCACCGAAGAUUAUUCAGUCGCAGACGCUCAAUGGGUGAUAUUUUGUCCCCUGUACCGAGAUUUCAUAGACGAUCCAGUCUUCAGACACCAAGUAGAAUUCACGAGAUUAUUCAACACAGUCGGUCGAACAGUGAGACAUGCAUCAGAAACUCUGGGACCCCUGGGAUUGGUUCAGAACUUUUUGUUGCUUUUCUCCAAGAAGAAAUAAAUCGCUCUAAUUUACAAGUUCCUGAAUCUCUACAGAAUCUUCCAUCUGAAGACUCAAUACCAUGUGGCUCUGAGGUUGUACCUGAAUUUCUCAGUUUGGGAACUCACUUGCGACUCAUGGCUGAUGAAUUUGCAAGUUCAGACCAUAGGCGUCGUGUAAGGCAACAUGCUGAAAUAGUUCCUCUUGGCAAUUUGGAUGCAGAAUCCUUUACUGAUUUAUUAUUUGGCAUGUUCCAGCAAGGUGGUGUUACUUCUGAGAGGGUGCUGGUACUCUUCAUUUUCUGUGCAGACUUGGCUAUGCGUGCAUUACGUGAACAUCUUAUGUCUUGUUUUAAUGAUGUAAUGAAUUGGAGUCAAAUCUACAUUGAAUCUUGGCUGACUCCUUGGGUACAGAGGCAUGGCGGUUGGGCAGUGGUCCUGGAACGAUCUGUCCAUGAAGCAUAUAAAGCAGCUGUUAUUGGCGCUUGCAUGAUGAGCAUACUAGCAUUGUGGACUUACAUCCGCACAGCGGGCCAUUAAUUUAUAUUUAUGGAAAUUUAAUUAAAUUAUGAAAAGUUGCACAGUAACUCCCAUGUCUAUCUACUGAAUAUAAGAGAGAUGAACUAUUCUGAGGAAGUCUUUCUGAGGAGAAGCAUUGCUGACGAUCAGAGCUACUUUUUAAGAAACAAUGCAGAUGAAAAAAAUGUUUUCUACAAAUAUUGUUGUUAUGCUUUUUGCCAUUUAUAUCAAAGGCGUGGAACCUUCACAGGUGGUUGGUUGUUAUUUUGGUAGCUGGGCAGGAUAUCGAACAGGAAAUGGAUGUUUUCAACCAGAAAAUAUAAAUGCUUCACUUUGUACACACAUGUUUUAUUCUUUUGUUGGCAUCACAUCAAAUGGUGGCAUUCGUAUUCUAGAUGAAUGGAAUGAUUUGCCUUCAGGGAAAGAUUUCUUUGGACGUUUCAAUAUGUUAAAGACAACCCACCCAAAUGUCAAGACACUUGUGGCUGUUGGGGGAUGGAAUGAAGGAUCUGUAACAUUCUCAAAGGUAGCAAACGAUGCAAAUUUACGUUCAGCUUUUGCGAAAAAUGCAGCUAACUUUGUAUUACAGUAUGGCUUUGAUGGUUUUGACAUAGAUUGGGAAUAUCCAGCUAGUAGAGGAGGAGCAGCUAGUGACUAUGAAGCGUAUGCAUUAAUGCUAAAGGAAUUACGUUCUGUAUUCGAUCAUCAUGGUUUACUUCUCACAGCAGCUGUGCAUUCUGGGCCUUCAUAUAUAGACACCAGUUAUAACGUCAAGGAAAUAUCACAGUAUUUGGAUCUGAUUAACAUAAUGACUUAUGAUUAUCAUGGGUCAUGGGACAGCACUGCAGGGCACAAUGCACCUCUGUACAAAAGCAGUGCAGACAUCACUGCUGCAGAUCUUGUUCUAAAUGUGGAUGCCAGUAUUCAGCAUUGGCUGCAAAAUGGUGCAGUAGCAGAAAAGCUUGUCCUGGGUGUUGGAACUUAUGGUCAUUCAUUUACAUUAAGCGAUUCUUCUAACACAGCAAUUGGAGCCCCAGUUUCUGGACCAGGCAUUGCUGGUCCAUACACCCAAGAAAGUGGUUCUUUAGGCUACAAUGAGGUGUGUUUAAACAUCAAUGCUGGCUGGAAUGUUGUAUGGGAUGAUAAUAUUCUUGCACCAUAUGCUUACAGUGGCAAUCAGUGGGUUGGCUUUGAUAAUGUUGAAUCAGCAAAAAUAAAGGCUGAAUAUGCAAGAGAUCUUGGUUUGGCAGGUGUGUUCAUAUGGAGUCUAGAGACUGAUGAUUUUACUGGCAGUUGUGGAGAUGGAAAAUUUCCUAUUCUUACUGCCCUAAAUGCUGUUGUUCGUACAUCAGAUGGAAAUAAUGAAGCUACUACACCUAGUGUUGGCAGCACUGAUUCUACUGCAACUGCUACAACUACAAUUGGUUCAGGUACUAGCCCUCAAUCGUCAUCCACUACAUCCCCUCCCACUCAGCUAUGUUCUUCAGUUGGAUAUGUACGAGAUCCCAACGACUGCCAGAUAUUUUAUUACUGUCAGCCAAAUGGGCUAAAUGGAUUUACAAAUCAUAAAUUUCAGUGCUUUGGUGACUUAGUGUAUGAUGUUACCUUGAACCUGUGCAAUUAUAAAGAUCAAGUCCCUGAAUGUAAUUAGAUUUACCUAAACGAGAUGUAAUGUUUUUCUCAAUAAUUUAAAUAAAACUAGUUGUUUGGA